AUGCCAUCACUGAUUGCUGUUGCUGCUUCUCUUUUCAGUUUGGCCUUGCUGACCACCUCGAGCGCCACCGAUGCGGCUCAACACCAGUCGGAUGUAAUUCCACGCCAUCUACGUGGUGGCAAAACUGGCGCUACGCACGCCGAGAUGUCGCAGUUGUAUUCGGCGAUACAAGCUUACAGCGACCAGGAUCCAGACCGUCUCCUGGUCUGCGUCUUAAAGGCCAACUCUCCGGUAAAGAACGGCAAGAAUUACAACUACAAGAUUACUGGGUGCCGCGUCGACUCGGAGUUUUUGGGUCCUUGUCCCGACGAUUUCACCUUUAGUGGCUGUGGUCCUUACAACGUCGUCGUCUCGAAUCCGAAGUCGAAGAAACCCAUGGCAAAGUCGAUCACUGCGCCAAAGUAG